GUAUAGUAUAGUAGUUAAUAUAGAAGACUAAAGCAUAAUAAGAAAAACCGGUCACAAGGCGAGGCCAGCAAUAGGCCACAACUUAUCUCAUAGCCGUGGGUCCCACGAACCUCUUCCUUUCCGGUUUCUACCAAUGCCAAUAGUCCAGUUCACUUCCACCACCAUCACCACCAGCACCGUACCCAUAAACCCCCACUUUUUUUCUCCCACAAUACAAGCGUGCGUUAAUAUCAUGAACAAGCCAUAUUUUUAAAUUCAAUUUCAAUUUCAUUUCAAUUUCAAUCAAUGGCAGUUAUUUCCCUCUCUCUUCUUCCUCCUCCUUCUACUACUCAUUCUUGCUUCUGUGCCUCCGGAAUCCAUUUCCGUUCCCACACCACCACCAACAAUUUCCUUUCCAUUCAUUCUCCUUCUCCUUUUCCUUCUACUUUCUCUAACUCUAAUUCUAAAUUCUCCGCUAGAAGAAAACGAUUUCACACUGUUUUUGCCGCUUCUUCUGAUUAUUACGCUACUCUCGGAGUUCCCAAAUCCGCCACCGUCAAAGAUAUCAAAGCCGCUUAUCGAAGGUUAGCUCGUCAGUAUCAUCCUGAUGUGAACAAAGAGCCUGGUGCAACGGAUAAGUUUAAAGAGAUUAGUAAUGCUUAUGAGGUGCUAUCAGAUGACAAAAAGAGGGCUUUGUAUGAUCAAUAUGGCGAGGCAGGGGUUAAGAGCUCAGUGGGAGGAGGAUCAAGUGCCUAUGCGACAAAUCCAUUUGACUUAUUUGAGACAUUUUUUGGGUCAAAUAUGGGCGGCUUUGGUGGCAUGGAUCCAACUGGAUUUGGCACACGGCGUCGUAGUACAGUUACUAAGGGCGAAGACAUCCGGUAUGAUUUCUCCUUGGAGUUUUCUGAGGCAAUUUUCGGAGCAGAGAAAGAAUUCGAGCUUUUCCAUUUAGAAACAUGUGAAGUCUGUACUGGUACUGGUGCAAAGUUAGGAUCCAAGAUGAGAGUAUGUUCAACUUGUGGUGGCAGGGGUCAGGUGAUGAGGACCGAACAAACACCUUUUGGGUUGUUCUCACAGGUUUCAGUAUGUCCAAACUGUGGAGGUGAUGGUGAAGUCAUAUCUGAAAAUUGCCGUAAAUGCAGUGGUGCAGGACGCAUACGGGUUAAGAAAAAUAUGAAAGUUAAAGUUCCUCCCGGGGUUAGCUCAGGCAGUAUCUUAAGAGUCACUGGAGAGGGUGAUGCUGGACCAAGAGGGGGUCCUCCAGGAGAUCUUUACGUAUAUCUUGACGUGCUUGAGAUACCAGGAAUUCAAAGAGAUGACAUUAAUCUCCGCUCAACAAUAUCAAUCACUUAUCUAGAUGCUAUAUUGGGGUCUGUAGUGAAGGUAAAGACAGUUGAAGGCACUUCUGAACUACAAAUCCCUUCUGGUACUCAACCUGGAGAUGUCCUCGUCCUUGCAAAGAAGGGUGUACCAAAAUUAAACAGACCAUCAAUACGUGGUGACCACUUAUUUACUGUUAAAGUUACAAUACCAAAACGUAUCAGUUCAAAGGAGCGUGAGGUGCUUGAAGAACUUGCUUCUCUAGGUGGCACAAGCAGUCAUUCAAGAUCCCGUCCUAGGACCCAACCUUCCACCGGAAGUAAGGAAGCUCCUGCAGCUCAAAGGGCCGAAAGUCCAACAGAAACAGUCACAGAAAAACCAGAGAAAUCAGAAGAAGAAGAUGAUGACUUAUGGAACAAACUAAAGAACAUGGCUGGGUCUGUGGCAAAUGGAGCUCUAAAGUGGUUUAAAGAUAAUCUCUAGCUCAAUGGGAUUAAUAAGUGAUCAACAGUCUCCAGAAUAUAGCUUAUCUUAAUAGGGCUAGAGAGUUGUAAUGUUUGAAACAGCUGCCAGCCGAAGGGUAGGGACUAUGCAGACAUUUUCUUCAAAUGCUACAACUGAAAAUUGUUAGAGGAAAGCAGCAAAGUGAAACAAAUGAUGCAUAUUCUUUUAUUUGUUGUACUUGUAAAUUUUGGCACGAGGCAGUUUAUACAGAAUAACUUGUUGGAGAAUGAAUCUUUUGUACCCAUUAAGCAGGUUGCACUAGAGAAAGCUAGUGUAUACCUCAUAUGAAGUCUAAGGUCCAUUUCAGUGAA